CGGCGUGCAAUAAAGAGGGAGAGCAAGUAGGGUUAUGUCCCAAGGUGCUCGCUCUGCCUAUAAAAGGGCUCGCCGUUCCCAAUCUUUUCUUGCCAGUCAAAGAGAUAGAGAGGGGGAGGCUGCGCCCCUCCUCGGCCUUCUCCAGGUCAGCUCAUUGGUGUUCCAAAAUGGCGGACGAACUACGUCCUCCAUCUAUAGUACAGAAGAUAAAUGGGCAAUCAUACUUGUUCUCUAGACUGUCUCCCUAUUCGCAGGCCAGGAGUUUCAACAUCCACAACCUUCCUGGCACCUACAUCAAUGGGGGCCUGAAGAGCCCCUUGCUGAAAUUGUACCACAGCAACAAUGGAUCACUUGGUUUCUCAUCUCUCUCACAUCCAUCGCCCAUCUCUGCUUGUGCCCCCCAGGAGAAGGGUAUUUCAGGAUUUCUUAUAGAUUUUCUUAUGGGAGGAGUUUCUGCUGCUGUCUCGAAAACAGCAGCUGCUCCAAUUGAGCGGGUGAAGCUCUUAAUUCAGAACCAGGAUGAGAUGAUUAAAGCUGGCAGGCUCUCUGAACCCUACAAGGGGAUCGGAGACUGUUUUGGCCGAACCAUAAAAAAUGAGGGCAUGCUCUCAUUGUGGCGAGGAAAUACUGCAAAUGUUAUUCGUUAUUUUCCUACACAGGCCCUGAACUUUGCUUUCAAGGAUUACUUUAAGCGUAUGUUUAACUUUAAGAAAGAUAAAGAUGGGUAUUGGAAAUGGUUCGCUGGUAACUUGGCAUCCGGAGGUGCAGCUGGUGCUUCAUCUCUUGUCUUUGUGUAUUCGCUGGAUUAUGCCAGGACACGUCUGGCCAAUGAUGCCAAGGCAGCAAAGAAGGGAGGUGAAAGGCAGUUCAAUGGUCUGAUUGAUGUUUACAGGAAAACUAUAAAAACUGAUGGUGUUGCGGGGCUCUAUCGGGGCUUCAACAUCUCAUGUGUUGGUAUCAUUGUUUAUCGCGGGCUUUACUUCGGAAUGUAUGAUUCCUUAAAACCAGUGGUGCUGGUUGGUGCCUUGCAGGAUAAUUUCCUUGCCAGUUUCUUGCUUGGAUGGGGAAUCACUAUUGGCGCAGGUCUUGCCUCCUACCCCAUUGACACUGUUCGCAGAAGGAUGAUGAUGACGUCUGGCGAGGCUGUCAAGUACCGUAGUUCAUUAGAUGCAUUCUCACAGAUCCUGAAAAAUGAGGGAGCUAAAUCCCUGUUCAAGGGUGCUGGUGCAAAUAUCCUCCGUGCUGUGGCUGGUGCUGGUGUUCUGGCAGGUUAUGACAAGCUGCAGGUGCUUGUCUUUGGAAAGAAAUAUGGGUCUGGUGGUGGUGGCUAAUGCCAUUUCUUGAGUUGCAGAUGGCUAGAGAAUUUGAUGAUGAUGAACAAGAGUAUUAGUUGUUUGUGCUUCCUUCUUGAUUCCAGUUCAAAAUAAUGUUGACAGAUGAACACCCUUUUAUUAUUACCUUAGGUCUUCUGAGUGAUGACUGGGUGUUGUUUUUAUGUCUUUUUUUGGUUAAAUAGAGAACUAAAAUGUGUGUUAUUGCUUUCAUAUUAUCUGGUUGAACUUCUAUGAUGGAUUUCCAGGAUCAUGAUGCAUCCUUGGUAUCCAUUUUGUU